ACUGUAAAACGUGUCAGCAAGUCCACUUUUUCCUCAUUUUCAGGUCACACGCUUUUCCUCAUUUUAAUUACCAAUGGGAGAACAUGUGCUCCACCUGUGCAGAGUCGUUUAACCAAUGAGCGACGCAGCUGUAGUUUCCUUGUUUAUCCUACCUUUUUAGAUGCUGCAGUAGAGUCUACCCAUCUCUGAGUUCAACAACUUCUCCCAAUAGACAGAAACCUGCAGGUCAAUGCUCGAAAUGCAGUUUUUUUUUUUUAAUCCAGUCCUGACAUCAGAGACAUAUUUUUAUUAGGCAAUAUCACGGAUAAUUUCAUUGGCUGUCUUGAAUGAGAAGCUAAAUAAAGCCAGCCUCUUGUACGCCUACCUUUUUAAAUCUCCGACACUAACCUACCUGCACUAACUAGAAAGUCCAGUUUCUCAAGGAAGAACAAGAAAACAUCAGGGAAUCCUAGAGGCAUUAUGGAUCCAAGCAGUAAACGGCUGGUGGUGGUGGUACCAAAUGAAGUGCUGGUACCCUCCUCUCGCAGAGUGUUCAGCAGCGAGGAUGAGGCGUGGAGGAGCUACCUGGAGAACCCACUGACUGCUGCCACUAAGGCCAUGAUGAGCAUCAACGGAGAUGACGACAGCGCGGCGGCACUGGGGCUGCUGUAUGACUACUACAAGGUUCCCAGAGAGAUGAGACGUGCCCACAGUAGUGGAAAACCCACAGAACCCUCUGCCAUUGGACCUGAUAACAGCAGCAGCUUGGAGAUACUAGAACACCAUCUUCAGGCUGUCAGAUCAAUGCCUGUCAAUCUCUCCCUCAACAACAGCACCGCUACAGAACAUCAGGGCUCCAGGUAUGAAGCUACUUGCCUCGCAGGAGACUCGAGAGAAGGGGACGAUAAAGGUGGAGGUGCAGCAGCUUUGGCCCUGGUCAAGUCAGAGGGCUGUGCAUCCUGUCCUGGAGGUGCAUACAGAGAAGUGCCCAGUGAGCAGUUAAGGAUGGUUUACGAACAGAGACACUAUGAUUUGCCCCUUGCUGGGUACCUAAAAGAUGAGCAGAGAAGCACUCCAGAGAGCUUGUAUGACGAUGCUGUGGAAGGAGAGAUGUACCUUGACAGUCCCUCCUCAGGAGUUGAUGAACUCCACCACAGCCAACAAGGUGAUAGUUUCCAGUAUUGUCUUGAAGCCAGCAUGUCACUUCGACCGCGGCAGGGAGACGGACCCAUGGCUUACCUGAACAGGGGCCAAUUCUACGCUUUGACACUGUCAAAAACCAGCAGCGCAUCGUCCCUACGUCAGCCCAGAGGCAAAGUGCGGGUGAGUGGGCUAACGCCGUCACACAGGCCUGAUGGGAGCCGAUCCAGUAGUGAGCAAUGCAUCAUGGGAGGCUCUGAGCUGCAGAAGGACAGUAUUGUACAGAGUGUUAUCAUGGUGGUCUUUGGAGAAGACAAAUGCAGAGAUGAGCAGCUGAAUAAUUGGAAAUACUGGCACUCCCGGCAGCACACUGCAAAACAGAGAGUCCUGGAUAUUGCCGAUUACAAAGACAGCCUCAGCACGAUCAGUAAUGUGGAGGAAAUUGCCUAUAACGCCGUCUCCUUCACAUGGGACGUGAGUGAAGAACCCAAGGUCUUCAUCUCUGUGAACUGUCUAAGCACAGACUUCUCCUCGCAGAAAGGUGUGAAGGGGAUGCCUCUGAUAAUCCAGAUAGACACCUACAGCUACAACAGCUGCAGCAGCCGGCCUAUUCACAGGGCCUUCGCUGAGAUCAAGGUCUUCUGUGACAAGGGUGCUGAGAGGAAGCUUCGUGAUGAGGAGAAGAAGCAGCUCAGAAAGAGAACGAAAGGGAAAAAUGGCAGCUCAGGGCCUACCUCUCUUAUCAAGAGGGCUGAUAACACGCUGUUAAAAACUGUCAUGGACCUGGACUCCCACCAGCCUGUCCUCUUCAUUCCUGACGUCCACUUUGGAAACCUGCAGAGAGCCGGGCAGGUGUUUGCCUUCAACACCGAGGAGGUCGACAGUGAUAGGAGUGUUGUUGUGAAACGGUCGUCUAAUCCAGCUGAGACAGAUGUUUGUCCCCCUCUGCCCAAGAAGCCCAAAGUGGAACUGGAAAGAAAAGUUUUGCUGUAUGUGAGAAAGGAGUGUGAUGACGUGUUUGAUGCCCUGAUGCUGCACACCCCAACCCUCAGGGCAUUAAUGGAGGCAAUCUCAGAAAAAUAUGCACUGCCUGUUGACAAAAUUGACAAAGUUUACCAAAAGAGCAAAAAAGGGGUCCUGGUGAACAUGGACGACAACAUCAUCCAGAACUACUCCAACGAGGACACCUUCACCCUGACCGUCGAGAGCUCAACGGACUCCUUGCAUAUCACGCUGUCAGAAAUCUGAUGGUUGAUCGUCAAAGCACUGUUUUUUAUUUUUUUAUUUUAUUUUUUUAUCCAUCACCAUGUUGUCUGACAGAGGUGAAUACUGGUGGGUGUAGCUUUCCAUUUGACGGAGUAGCAAUUGUGAACCGUAUCACGUGACAAUACCAGAAUGUGAUCCACAUACGAGUCUUGGUUUUUCGUUUUUUACCCAACGCAGAGAGUCAUUCACCUCUUAAUACUUACUGUGUGAGAACCAGAAGAGAGGGGUUUAUCCCGGUCACUGUGACGUGAGGCAUUCAGCCAGUUUGCUGGAAGAAGACAAAGCAGUGUGCAGUAUGGUUUUACUGGAUUUGCAGGAAUUUGGAGGGAAUACUGUGAGCGUCCUCUGCUUCUUCUUCCAUCCUAUCUCUUAUUAUCCUUUCACUUUGAAGUCUAUCCAACAUGCUUUGAUGACACUCACUGUUGUUUUUUUUUAUCUAUGUGAUAAUCUUUUAAAUUUGUCAUUGGAGCUCCUUUGUCCGAUCACUCUUUACCAACACACUGAUUUACUCAUUCCCCAUGAUGUACAGUUUUAUAAAUGUGUCAUUAAAUAUAGUUUUAUACGUAGUCCCUUGUCUCUACUGAUUUGUUGUACUUUUAACUUGUUUUGCAGUUUAAAGGUAAUUAUGUGUUUUUGCUACUUGAAGUUGUUUAUCAUUUUUUCCUUUAAGAUAUACUUUGGAUGUAUAAAUAAAAACUUGUAAUUGG